CCUAAGAAAAACAACUUUGCCUUAGAAAGAAUUUGUUCCUACAUAGUUAUGCAAAAAUUGUUGUUCUAAGUUGAAGCAUAUAUAUACAUAUUGUAAGAAAAAAAAGAAUGGUAAGAGCGUUGGAACAAGAACAGGAAAAUAACAAGGCGAGGGUGUGCCACAUUCGUGGAUUGAAUAGAGAGGGUAGUGGAACCAACAAUGGCAUGAGGCGCGGCCAUUCGCAAAGUAUGAUCCUCGAAAGCACGAGUUCAGAGGAGAUGGUAGAGGAUCCUAGGAGCACAAAAAGUUAUGCUUCUAAGAUGGAACAACAACCUUUGCCUAAGCAAAAGAUUGGUGCAACAUUGGAUAAGGAUCAAGGUCUAGGUCCGCGCUCAAGAUUGGCACCCAAUGCUGGAGCUGAUAGAGAUACCCUUUACAAAGAUAUGGAUAUGAUGAAGGAAAAGUUUGCUAAGUUGCUCCUAGGAGAAGAUAUGUCUGGUGGUGGAAAGGGUGUAUCUUCUGCUUUGGCUUUGUCAAAUGCCGUCACAAAUUUAGCAGCAUCUGUGUUUGGAGAACAGAGGAAAUUAGAACCAAUGGCUCCAGAAAACAGGGCAAGAUGGAAGAAGGAAAUUGAUUGGCUUCUAUCUGUUACGGAUCAUAUUGUUGAAUUUGUUCCUUCUCAACAAAAAUCCGCGAAUGGAACUAGUAUGGAGAUCAUGACAACGAAACAAAGAACGGAUCUUCAAAUGAACAUCCCUGCUCUCAAAAAGCUUGAUGCCAUGCUAAUGGAUUGCCUAGACAAUUUCAAGGAUCAAAAUGAAUUCUAUUAUGUGGCUAAAGAUGCUGAUGAAUCAGAAAAGGGAUCAAAGAGAGAGGACAAAUGGUGGCUACCUACAGUUAAAGUUCCUGCAAACGGUCUAUCAGAAGUCACGAAGAAAUGGCUUCAGUUUCAGAAGGAUUCUGUCAACCAAGUGCUCAAGGCCGCAAUGGCUAUAAAUGCACAAGUCUUGUCAGAAAUGGAAAUCCCUGAAAACUACAUCGAAGCCUUGCCAAAGAACGGACGAGCUAGCCUUGGAGAUGUAAUUUACAAAAGCAUAACAGUUGAAUAUUUCGAUCCUGAGCAAUUUUUUACAACAAUGGACUUAUCAUCAGAGCACAAGAUUCUUGACCUUAAAAACAGAAUUGAGGCUUCAGUAGUGAUUUGGAGGCGAAAGAUGACCAACAAAGAUGCCAAGUCUCCUUGGGGUUCAGCCGUUAGUAUAGAGAAGAGAGAACUAUUUGAAGAAAGAGCAGAGACCAUUUUACUAAUCAUCAAGCAGCGUUUUCCUGGAAUCUCUCAAUCCCAACUCGAUAUCAGCAAGAUACAAUUCAACAAGGAUGUGGGUCAUGCACUACUAGAGAGCUACUCAAGAAUCCUAGAAAGUUUAGCACACACAGUGUUAUCGCGCAUUGAGGAUGUUCUAUACGCGGAUUCUCUUGUACAAAAUCCAUCUCUUGCGCAAAAAAAGAGGAACCCCUUGACAGAUAUCAAGAUCACUUCAACAAAGUUCCCAAAUGCAGAUGAAGAGAUAGAGAGGCUAAAUGCAGUAGGAACACCUCCAUCAAUGACACUCUCGGACUUCAUGGGAUGGACUAUGGAUAAUGGUGAAGCAGAUUUAAAAGCAAAGGAGGGAUCAGGAAACGAAGAUUCCUUUGAUUUAAAAGCAAAACUUGCAAACAUUGCGAUUCCUAAGAAGAUAUCCUAUCUAGAGAAUUUGGGUGGUUUAAGAAGUCCAACAUCGCGCCAUUGACAAGAUGUUAAGUUGUAGAGAGACAGAGAAAAGCACUUCUUAAAACAGCAGAAAUCGCGGUGUAGAGAGAUAUAUGCUAAAACCCAGUUGUAAGUUGUAACUCAUUAAAAGUUCCCUUACAGUUUAGUUAUUCACUUCCCUUGUUUUGACAGUUGGGGAAGCUAAUGUAUGCAUUGGGUUUGAAGCAAAAAACUGUUCUGCUUUCAUCAGCAUAUACUAAUUGUCUUUGUA